GCGUCUCAUUAUUCGUGUAAAAAUUAUACUACAGUGCAGACGCGUUUUUUUAAUAUCCCAAAAGGGCCACCAAGUUUCGAUUUAGUUAUUACAAUCAUUCCACGCACAUAAAACACAAAAAACAACGACCGUGCCUUGUGCAUUUUUCUACACGCAAUUAUCUACUAAGGAAAAAAUCGAUUAAAUAUCAAAAUGGCUGGUGGCAAAGCAGGCAAAGAUUCUGGUAAAGCCAAGGCGAAGGCAGUUUCACGUUCGGCGCGCGCGGGUCUUCAGUUUCCCGUUGGCCGUAUCCAUCGCCAUCUAAAGAGCCGCACCACGUCGCAUGGACGUGUUGGUGCCACCGCUGCCGUUUACUCUGCAGCCAUCUUGGAAUACUUGACUGCCGAGGUGUUGGAGUUGGCAGGCAACGCAUCGAAAGAUCUGAAAGUGAAACGUAUCACGCCGCGUCAUUUGCAGCUCGCCAUUCGUGGAGACGAGGAACUGGACAGUUUGAUCAAGGCAACCAUUGCUGGAGGCGGUGUCAUUCCGCACAUACACAAGUCGCUUAUUGGCAAGAAAGAGGAGUCCGUGCAGGAUCCCCAGCGAAAGGGCAACGUCAUUCUGUCGCAGGCUUAUUAAACUAAUUUCCACCUUCUCUUCUACUUUUUUAAUCAUUUCGGAAUUACAGUUUUUCAUCUAUGUUUAAAAAUAUAUA